AUGCAGAAUGAGAAUAAUGCCGAGGAAGCGGCCAAUUUUAUUUAUGACAGCGUUUUCGAUGAUGUUACUUUGGGUUUUCUGUUCGAGUUCCACCACGGUCUUAAAACUGGACUAACGGAUCUAAUCGAAGGGGAAAAAGAGGACGACGAAAAUUUCAAAAUUGUAAAUUCGCCCGAAUGUGACGUAUUUGGUCUUUCUAUUCUAAAAAAGACCCAGGACUCAAACUGUUCGUGUCCGAAUUGCGAUAGACCAGUAUCGGCUACUAGGUUCGCACCACAUUUGGAAAAGUGCAUGGGGAUGGGACGCAACAGCUCCCGCAUAGCGUCCCGCAGGAUCGCGUCGAACAGCCGCGAGCCCACCUCCUACGCGGGGCUGCUAAGCGACGACGAGGACGACGCCGAUUGGUCCGGCGGCUCGAUUCACAGCGAGCGACGCAAGCGCCGCCUGAAGAACAACAACAACCGGAAGCCGAGCAAGAUCCACAAAAGCGGCAACACUAGGAAUAACAAUGGGAACAAUAACUCUGACUCCAACGACGGUGGCGCCACUUACGAGACAAUGACUGCAAACGAGAAGAAGAAUCUUCUGCUGCAGAUAUGCGGUGUGGUCUCCGAGCAUACGAAGAAGCUGUGCACAAGGUCCACCCGAUGCCCCCAGCACACAGAGGAACAGAGGCGGGCGCUGCGCAACAGCGUUCUGGAGCCUUCCACACCUGAAGGCCAGGGAAUCGGGCUGACCGCUGACGACGCAGGAUCCCCCCCGGACUCAAGCCCCUCCUCGUCCUGUUCCUCGUCCAGCCGCAAGCGCGACCGGCAUCGCGCUCCGCCCAAGAUGAAGAGCAAACGCGAACGCAACGUCUCCCCCAACAGUAGGGAC